AUGUCGAAAUUACAAGGUUUAUUUGGUUUAUUCCAAGAAGAAAUCAAUACGGAAAUUAAUUUUAAGAAUAAAAUUAAUGAUUUAGAAAACCUAUUCAAUGCUGAACUUGCAAUUAUAAAAUCUGAAUAUGCCAAUUUGUCUACUAUUCAGCCUAGUAAUCUACCUUACGACUUCUCUUCGGAAGAUAUAACAAGUGUACCGUUUGUCUUUGCGUUGAGAGAAUUGUGUCAAGAAAAGAUAAUAAAUAACGAAAACAGAGAUAUCACAGAACUUGGAACUGUUAAUGAAGUCAAGGUUAUUGAUAAUUUAAAUCUACUAAGCGAUAGAUACCACCGUUAUUUACAAGAAUUAAAUGGAAUUAAUUGCAAAGCUAUCUUCAAGGACAGGUUUUCUCAUAAAAUUAACGAAGAAAUCAUUUAUGUAUUAAUGGCUAAUCGCUAUUUCAAGACAAUAUCAUAUAUUUAUCAAGUGGACCUUAAGGGGAAACAAUUAGAUAAAAUAUUACACCCUCUCAUUUCAAAGAGCGAUCAAGAUAUAAUGGGUCUAGUGAUAACACCAGAAGAAAUCCAACGCGUAUUAUCUUUAGAGAAAUUGAAUUAUAAUGACUAUCUACUUGGUUUAUUACGCCUUAUUGAAACCGUUGUGGAGUAUACAAUUGAUACAAUUAUACUGAUUUCAAUAUCUUCCGAAAACUCCCCAAAACAAUUGCAAAAUAUACAGUAUAGUUUAAGUCUCAUUAAUCUACAAAUUGUUACCAAGCUUCAAAAUGGAUUUCAAAUGCUAGACUUGAAGAACGACAAUAUUAGGAGAAAGUUUGACGGCUUAAAAUAUAAUUUUAAGAAGAUGAAUGGAAUAGUAUAUGACUUGUCCUUAAGAAAGCUUAUUGUAAACGAAGUUGAAAUAUAUUAG